AUGGAUGGACUCAAAUUAAUUUCAUUGAACACAAGAUUCUGUGAAGUUACUAAUUUCUUCCUCUAUCUGAACCAAAGCGAUCCCGAUUCUUCAAUGUCUUGGUUCGUGAAGGAAUUGUAUGAAUCAGAGCUGAAAGGAGAGCAAGUCUAUGUUCUUGCUCAUAUCCCACCUGGAGAUUCGGAAUGUCUCGAAGGAUGGGCAUUCAAUUAUUAUCGAGUUAUUCAGAGGUAUUCCUAA